AUGCGUCUGUCCGAAGAACUGCCCCAUCGAUACCGGCGGAUUGACUACCGGUAUUUGUACCGAUCAAAUGGAACACCUGAUCGAUUAAUGAUCAAGUCUGUGAACCCAUCUUUGGUCUUGUACGAAUCUGUGACGUGCUACGAAGAGCUCCAGUUGCGUCAAAUGGACGUGGCGUUGAAAUGUAUAGCCGAAGCCGUACGUCGCACCCGCGGGUGUGUGGUGUCCCGAUCUAUUGAAGCUCGCGUUGUGCCCGGUAUGGGCACAGGAAUUGUUGCACGCGAGCGUAUUCCAAAAGACACGUUGGUCUUCCAGGCUGGACGGGAUAUUUGGUACCCAUUUUCAGCAGAGUAUGCACUGGAGACUGCACAGCAGCAAGCGCCUGGUUUUUUGAAGCGAUGGGAAGAGCUCCUAGUGUCGAAUAGUGCGCUACACAAAGGGGGUGCAUUUGUACCCAAGGCGUUAGUCUUAGGGGUGCAUUUGCUGGUGAAUUUUCCAUUCGCAAAAAAUCUGGAGACAAUGCUCUUGACCAUGGCAAACAUCGAUGCUGCACCGCUGGAAUAG